AUGCUCUUCGGUGAGAAUCUUAGUGAUCUCACAGAUAACGCAAAGUUACUGAUUAGUACACUGUUCGUCCAACGAAAUGACAAUGAUGAUGAUGAUGAUGAUGAUGAUGAUGAUGAUGAUGAUGAUGAUGAUGAUGAUGAUGAUGAUGAUGAUGAUGAUGAUGAUGAUGAUGAUGAUGAUGAUGAUGAUGAUGAUGAUGAUGAUGAUGAUGAUGAUGAUGAUGAUGAUGAUGAUGAUGAUGAUGAUGAUGAUGAUGAUGAUGAUGAUGAUGAUGAUGAUGAUGAUGAUGAUGAUGAUGAUGAUGAUGAUGAUGAUGAUGAUGAUGAUGAUGAUGAUGAUGAUGAUGAUGAUGAUGAUGAUGAUGAUGAUGAUGAUGAUGAUGAUGAUGAUGAUGAUGAUGAUGAUGAUGAUGAUGAUGAUGAUGAUGAUGAUGAUGAUGAUGAUGAUGAUGAUGAUGAUGAUGAUGAUGAUGAUGAUGAUGAUGAUGAUGAUGAUGAUGAUGAUGAUGAUGAUGAUGAUGAUGAUGAUGAUGAUGAUGAUGAUGAUGAUGAUGAUGAUGAUGAUGAUGAUGAUGAUGAUGAUGAUGAUGAUGAUGAUGAUGAUGAUGAUGAUGAUGAUGAUGAUGAUGAUGAUGAUGAUGAUGAUGAUGAUGAUGAUGAUGAUGAUGAUGAUGAUGAUGAUGAUGAUGAUGAUGAUGAUAGAACAUAGACAACAUGCGUUUAGACAUAAAAAUUAUAAUAGAAUUUACAAAAACAGUUUUCAGUAGAGUUAACUAGUUUAAUUUCAGUUAUACUUACAUCAUUUUAUCAUUGAAAUAAAACUAACGUAUUCAAACAAUGCUAUGAUGAUCAUUGAAACUAUUCAUUUGAGCAUUUCAAUUAGAUAUAACUAUAAACAAUGUGAUUAAUUAUAAGCAAAGAUGUAUAGUGGAUAGAAGUGGAAUCCAGUAAGCGCGUCUCGUCCUAUUUGGGACUUCUUUACUUUACUUACGCCGGUUACUCACUAUUGAGCAUAGCCCACCCACCAGUAUUCUCCAACCCACUCUG